AUGCGCAGUGGAUCAGAGGAUUUCAACUCGCUAUACCCCGAACCCCCCCAGGGAGUGUUUCCCUCGCCCUCCUUGACCAUGAACCACCACAUGUCCCCCGACGGCUUCUUUCGAAGACAGGACUGCUAUCCCACCAACACCGUGGCAUACAACCAUCCUGGCGCCACUCUCUACACAGACGCUCCGUUCCAUCCUAGCAUGUUUGGCGAUCGCUUGUCGCCGACAAUGUACGCCGACGAUCAAGACGUCCACCUGUCGUCGUCAAGCCUGUCCACCACCUCGGGCGCCUCUGCACCCUCAUCUGCCGUUGGCUCUCCUCGCUCCAACCACGAUCACCCUCCCACUAUCACUGAGUGGCCUGCGCCGCACUGCCUGAGCGUCAGCCCCGGUAUUGUUGGCCACAACGACUUCUUUGUGCCCAGCGAGUACAGCUACCCCACUAGCAACAUGGAAGAGUUUGCCCAGUUCGAGUUCGCACACGGCAAGCCGUCCUAUGUUCCGGACCCGUCUGUUCUGCAUCCUGAGGUUCGACACAUGGGCAUUCCUACCUACGACGCCUUUGCGCCGCAUACCCACCAGACGGCUUACACCGUCUCGCCAGAGCACUCCCCCGAGCUGAAGGCUGGCUCCGUCUCUCCCUACCCCAACAGCACCAGCACCUACCCCCACUUCAGCAGCCCGUUCCUGGCACCCACUCCAAUGGAGGUCCAGAGCAGACGGGGCAGCCGCAGCUCUUUCUCGGGCUUUCCGUCGGAGCCCCAGCUCUCCGACGGCGAGGGAAAGGAGAAGCAGCGGUGUCCGCACCCUGACUGCGGCCGGCGGUACAAGGAUCUGCGCGCUCACAUGCUCACUCACCAGAAUGAGCGGCCAGAGAAGUGCCCUAUCCAGACCUGUGAAUACCACGUCAAGGGUUUUGCACGCAAGUACGACAAGAACCGCCACACUCUCACGCACUACAAAGGCACUAUGGUGUGCGGUUUCUGCCCUGGGUCUGGAUCUCCGGCAGAGAAGUCGUUUAACCGUGCCGAUGUGUUCAAGCGCCAUCUGACAGCCGUCCAUGGCGUUGAGCAGACGCCUCCCAACAGCCGCAAGAAGACGACACCCGGUGGCAACGUCGCACAGAAGCUGACCAUGUACGCGCCAGACGCAACGGGCAAGUGCAGCACUUGCUCUCAGACCUUUUCCAACGCACAGGAGUUUUACGAGCAUCUGGACGACUGUGUGCUGCGCAUUGUGCAGCAGGAGGACCCCGCUGAAGCUGUUAAUGCUUCCCACCUGGCAGAGGUUGAGAACGACGCGGAGCUGAUGGAGACCUUGGAGAAGAACCAGCUGCCAACGACGCCGGCUGGCGUUCAACCUGUCGGCGACGGAGAAGAGGACGACGAUAUGGAGGAAGAGGACGGCGACGAGGAUGCCUCCAGAGACGAUGGCUCCUUCAACGGGCCGUUGGGAUCGCCCCGCAAAUCAAAGGGCAACCCGGUAAACGGUGUCCAGAAGUCGCGUGGCAUGACUCACUCCCGUGGUGGUGUUCCCUUCACAGGCAAGACGCGGUCACGGCGCAGCCGCCAGAACUACCCUAGCUCGUGGGGCUUUGACAAGGGCCAGAUGACGAUGCGGAAGCGCGUCAUGACCGUCUUUGCGGGACCCCGGCGCCUGGCCAAGGAUGACAUGAUGCUGUCUACUGAGCACGAGAUCCGCCUCAAGCUUUCGGAUGGCAAGGCCUAUGUCACCGACUUGGACGUGCAAACGAUGAAGCGUGCGGAAGGCUUUUUGCAGUCCACCGAAGAGGAGAAGGGUCUCUGGGUCUCUGACGACCCAACUGAGGAGCAGACCCGGGAGAUGCAGGCAGCGCAGGUGGUGGCCUCUACCAUCAUGUGA